AUGGAGUCUCCGUCCAGAGAUCAGAUCAAAUGUUGUGAAUGUGGAUGCGAUUGUUCUCCAGGUUCCUGGAAUCGAUCUGUGAAGAGAAGACACGACGAGUUAGAGACUCGGAAACGUUUCUCUAUACCGGAGCUUGACGACCCAGAGCUCUUUUCUAAUCCUAAAGUCCACAUCGAGAACGAAUGCGAGUUACUACGCGAGACUGUCAGCAGCCAGCAGCAGUCGAUUCAGGAUCUGUAUGAAGAACUCGAGAAAGAGCGGAACGCUUCGUCGACAGCUGCAGAGGAAGCAAUGGCUGUGAUGCAGAGGUUGCAGAACGAAAAGGCUGAAAUCCAGAUGGAACUGAGGCAGUACAAGCUUUACGUUGGGGAGAGAAUGGAACAUGACCAGCAAGAGAUCUUGGCGUUGGAAGAUCUUGUCAAUCAAAGGGAGCAGACGAUUAUGUCUCUUACUUGUGAGACUCAGGCUUACAAGCAUAGGAUGAUGAGCUACGGGCUCACCGAGGCUGAAGCUGAAGGUGGUGGUGAUAGGAGCUUGCUUAGUCGUAACACGAGCAUGAUCCCAAGCAUGAUCGACAUCAACUCUGAAUAUGAUGACCUCCCUACAUAUGACUACCCUCCUCUAAAGUGCAAUAUAAAUGAGAACCAAGAUCCUCUGGAGUCUGAUAUUUAUGUUGCAGACGAUGAAAACUACCCACCUGCUGAUUCGCCUCAUGGCAGAGAACAUUUGAAGACUCUGGAUCGGAGAAUCAGCCAGAUGGAGACAAACCCUAGCUUUACUCAGCUGGAUGGUGAUUUCCAGGGAGGGAGAGGGAUGGAUGUUUCGGAGAAGAUGGUCGUUGGUCAGAGUCCUAGGCGUCAAAGACAUUUUAGGAGAAUUUCACCAGCUAGCUCAACCUCACACUUGGGAGGAGCAUCUAAAGAAGUUAGACCUGAUGUUUUUGCUGAGUCCCCGAGGUCAGAAAUCUACAGCUCUAGGAAAGUGGAGAAUGUCUCAUAUACAGAGAAAUAUGCUAAAGAUGAUGAUGACUCGUCGGAUAUAGGAGAUGACAUGAGUGAUAGAGUUUAUACCAUUGAUUCCGUCCAUCACAGUGGUGUAGCUGAACAGAAGAAGCUUGAGGCUGAAACUUCGGAUGGCAAUGUGGUUUUCCCGAGAGAGAAAAUGGAUCAUGGUGAUCCUGAUAUAACGAAACUCUACAUGAGGCUUCAAGCACUGGAAGCUGACAGGGAAUCGAUGAAACAGGCGCUUCUCUCUAUGAGGACCGAGAAGGCCCAAAUGGUACUGUUGAAAGAAAUUGCUCAACAUUUAUCAAAGGAAGUUGUCCCUCAACGGAGGUUGCCUCUACGGAAAGCAUCCACUUCUGGGCCUUUGACUUUCACGCCAGUCUUUAAGGUGAUUUUUGCUCUCUUGAUGUCUUUGUUAAGACAAAAACAUACUGAUAAGAAAGCAUUUUCUUCUAAAGCUGUGUCUCACUCUCUAACUGGCUCUUUUGACUGCUGUUGCUCUGCAGUGGAUCUCAUCUUUUGUUUCCUGGAAAAGAAAGGCUCGUCGAAGCAAGUAAGUUGUCUAUAA